AUGUUUCUUAACAACACUUUAUAUGAUAAUGGAAUUUGUAAUAACUCAAUUAGCAUUAUAAUGAAAAUUCAUAAUGAAAAACUUAUUAAUAUAACAUUUUUAACAAAAUCUGAUCUUUGCUAUAUAUCUGUAACUAAAACAAUUGAUAGAUUCAAUUAUAAUAGACAAUUAGCAUCUAGACAUCAAUUUCUUAUACAAAAUGCUUAUGCCUUAACAGUAUAUAAAACUCAAGAAUUAAUACUACCAAAUAUUACAAUACCAUUGGAUUCACAGCUGGGCAAGCAUAUAUUGCAAUCAGUUGUGCUAAAAUAUGAAACUCCUUAA